AAAAAAAUAUUGUCCAUAACGGCCAUAUCAUCCCCUCAGUGAAGAAAGAAGCGACGGCCCAGGAUGAACUCGUCAGGUGCCGGCCACAUGAUCACGCUCGAGCCCGUGGACUCGCUGUCGUUCGCCCUGUCGCCCAGUAGCUCGCCGCAGGCUGCUUUGACCAUCUCCAACCCCAGCAAUGUCGAAAAUAUCGCGUUCAAGGUCAAGACGACUCGGCCAAUGCGGUACUUGGUGCGUCCGAACCAAGGCGUGAUCGGCCCCAACAGUUCCGCGACGGUGCUUGUUAUUCUUCAGCAGAAGGACUGCGACGAAUUGCUGCGAUUGGACCCGACGGAGCGCCAACUCUCCAACGACAAGUUUCUCGUGCAGUCAGUUGGAGUGGAAGCGGAAUUUUGUGAUUUGCUAACGAAGAAGCAAGCGAAGGAAGUCAUGGAUGAUCUCACGUCGCUGUGGAACCAUGCUGAAAAGACGCAGAUCAGUAACAAGAAACUGCGCUGUCGGUUCAUGGAAGGAACUGUAGCCAGCAGUAGCAGCAGCAACGUAGGGACCAGCGAGUUGACCACGCCGCAACAGCUGAGCAACGCCCUGCUCGACAAGUCUCCCACCGAUUCCGCCGCGAGCAACUAUGUAAGCGCCUCAACCAGUCAUGCUCCUAGCAGCUCCACGAACGGUCGAACUGCCUCCGCGACGUCGUUGGACGAGUCGGAGCGCAUUCUCGAAUUGGCUUCUGAAAUGGCCGUCCUUCGCAAGAAGUACGACGAGCUGGUUGCGUUUACCGUGCAACUGACGGCGCAGCGAGACACGCUGAUUAACGACUUGGACAAGUUUCGUCAGCAGAACCAAAAACUCACAGCGGAGCAGGCGCGGUUGAAGCGGCAAACGACUGAAAUGGGCACGUUGCGACAGCGAAGGACGACUGCUGACGCGACCGACGGCGCUAGUUCCCCCACGCGCGGCGAUGCGGUGUCGGCGCUUCCUCCCGCGGCCAAGCCCAUCACGUUUUUCCAUGUGCUGGUGUGUGCCGUGCUGUUCUUUUUGGUCGGUCGGUACUACGCCUAAGUAUACACGAACAGCUCCCACCUGUACCACCAUCAUGGCCAGCACUCGAACGACAGCAGGACGGUCGGAAUGCGUUCAAUUCAAAAUCGUAGAGAAGCUCA